AUGGAGCAGUUUCUUAUCAUUGUGCUUGUGGCAGGGGAAAUUCAUGGUAUGAAAACUUGCUGUGUUGGCAGACAGGAUGGAACUAAGUGCUAUGGAGCUUUGGGAGGAACUGUGGAGAUUCAACUGGGCAGCAUCUCAGAAAUGUUCAAUGUGAAAAAAAUAUAUAAUAGCACAGAACAUAGACUUUGUUUUCUCUGUAAUGGAACGUUUAGGAUCAAUAACCUGAGCAGGAAUGACAGUGCUAAUUAUACCCUUCAAACCUUUGAUUCACGUGGAGAAAGUUCAGUCAAGUGGACUUUACAGUUGUUUAUUCAAGCUCCUGUUUCCUCUGUCCUGCUGCUCUCUGAGUGUCUGUCCCACGGAGAGAGGAGGGUGUCCUGCUCCUCUGAGGGAGGGGACAGUCCUCAGUACAGCUGGACUCUGGAUGGACGCACACUGACAGAUGCUGAGCUCUUUUCUGUAAAUAAUGAGAGUAACAUCAUCACUCUGAAACAGCACGUCUCAGGACAUCUGGUUUGCUCAGUCAAGAACAACGUCAGUAAUGUAUCCAAAGAAGAGAGGAUAUCUACCUGUGAGGAAGAUGACCAGGCAAUAAUGUAUGCUGAUGUUAGGUUCACGCAACAGCACGGAAGGCAAGUUGCGCAAAGAGUGGAGAUAGAGGUGGAGGCAGAGUAUGCCCAUGUCAAUUCUUCAAAGUGA